AUGAAGGUCAAAGUAAUAUCCAGGAACCCCAAUACAUAUCAGCGCGAAACAACGAAGCAGCUGCACAAAGGUAAAUCUUAAUUUUUCAUUCGAUUUCAACUUUCCUUAUGAUUCUUUUCAGUGGUUCGGAAUUUCAAUCUACCAGCGGACCCUUUCAGAGCUCAAACUGAGUACACGAGAGCCUUGAAUGCCACAAAAUUGGAGAGAGUCUUCGCAAAGCCCUUCGUCGCCAGUUUGGAUGGUCAUUUAGAAGGCGUUCACGUCCUUGCCAAGCAUCCAAGUUGAAAAAAAAAAAACACUCAAAAAGAGAAAAGAGAAUAUUUUUAGAGCAACCAUCUACAAUAUUAUCCGGAGCUCGAGAUGGGCAAGUGAAAAUCUGGAAUCUUCCCACGAGAACUUGCCAAGCCACCAUUCAAGCUCAUCACGGACUUUUAAAUGGUAAUUCCUCCUAGUUUUUGGUUUAUAUUUUCUAAUAGUGAGACAUUUCCAGGUGUUUCUGUUGACAACGACGCUGGAGAUUCAUUUGUAACUGUGGGACAAGAUUGUCAGAUAAAGUAUUGGAAAAUUCCCCGGAAUCUCCAAGAUAAUAUCAAACAGCCAUCUCAUUCUGUUGCUUUGACAGGUGAGAAUCAUGAAAGGAUAUUUUUAUUAUUAUUUGGCGGAUUAUUUUGUUGAGAGAAAUUCUAGAAUUAAAAUUUGAUGUUUAUCGUAUUUUUUGAAGCUUUGAAGGGUGUUUUUGCUGGAAAGGCAACCAAAUUUCUUUAUCCCAUUUACUUUCUGCGAAUUUUAUUCAUUUUUUCUUCUUUUCAUUUCCGAAUAAUUAACGCUUCCCUGCUACUGUGCGCAUUUGUCAAAUGUAGAAUCUAAUGAAAAAUAUCGAUAUAAAGCUAGAAUUAAGUAGGUUCCUUAAAAAGAACUUUUAGAAGCCGAAAUUCUUAAUUUUUAAUUUUCAGUGUUAAUUUCAAGCCAGAAUCCUUCUAAUAUUGAAAUUUUGACAUUGCAAACUAAAAUUUCCAAUCUUUCACAAUUUUGCAACUUUUUGGCUAACGCCUUGCUCGAAGUACUCUCCGCGAAAUUCAAAAUUAUUUCUGAAUCUCUAAAAUGUACUUAAAGCUCCAGAGUGGUCCCUAUAGGGGCCUUAAGUGAUCCCUCUAGAGUCCGCUUCACCAACUCCUAUAGGGGCCGCUAAAGCUUGCAAAAGUGGUCCCUAUAGGUUUUUUAGUUAGUGGCCUCCAUAGGGGACAUGCUAGCCGAUAAUUUUUAUGAACUAUAAGCUUGUCCAUGGGAAAAACUGGUUAAAUAAGCGUUGUUGAAUGAAAUUUAGAGACCCCUAUAGGGUCCACUUGAGUUUUAGGGGCGAUACUCUAGACUAAACCCUAAGGGACCAUCUUAAAUUUACCCCUGGAGGGACCACUUUUCUCGGCCCCUACAGGGGUUUUUUAUCUCCUCUAACCACUCUGGAAUUCUUAAGUCGUUAUCUUUUUCCACUUUCUGACCGUUAUUCUGCAUUUCUUCGACGCCAUAAGAUCAUAUUUUAUUCAAAUAUCAAAAUCUCUUCAGGAGUUGCCCACGGCGUUUCCCACCUCGCGCAUUCUUCAGAUUAUGUAACCUGUGGUGAAGACGUCAGUGUUUGGCGGGUUAAUCGGUGAUUUUUCUCUCAUAGUCCAUCGUUUUUCCAGUAUCUAGUUCCAUUAGAAAAACGGUUUCAUCAUUUUUUUUUCAGAGACACGCCUCUGAGAGCCUUCUCCUUGGGUCACGACACGAUCCACACGAUUCGCGCCAAUCCAAUCGAGGAAAACGUAAUUAUUGGCGCAAUGACUGAUCGUUCGAUUUUCGUUCUUGAUACCAGACAGCAAGUUCCGCUGAAAAAAGGUUAUUUUUUUCAUAAUAAUAUGGUUUUUAAGGUGACAAUGAAGCUACGGCCGAACGCCCUGUCCUGGAACCCGAUGGAAGCCUUCAUUUUUACAGUAGCCAGCGAAGAUUACAGGUGACCUACCGUAUCCUACAGUAAUCACGAUUAUUUCUUAGUUCUGUACUUUCAAAAAAAACCUAGGAUAAUUAUUGAUACGGUGUACAGAUCCGCUUGUUUCCCGACUUUUUCUCAAUUUUAGAUUUUUUAUGUGUUUUUUUUUAGCAUACUGUAUAUCCUACUGUAGGACGUUUAAAAAGUUGAAAUUAUGAAAAAAGUUAAAGAUGAUUUUCCGUAUUCUCCAGCGGUAUAAGUAUUCCGAGAACUUUUCACUUUUGAUUUAAAAAAAAAUUAGGGAAAACCACAGUAUUCAGAGCUUUUUCGCUUCAAUACCUGUAUGUCUUCGCGUCUUCAUUUUAAACUAUAGAUAUACGGUAUCAAAGAAAAAAACGUGACUCCAGAGUGGUCCCUAUAGGGGCAACCCCUGAGCCACUAAUUUUGCAAAAGUGGUCACUAUAGGGUUUUCAGUUAUGGGCCCCUAUAGGGGGACAUGCUAGUCGAUAACUCUAAGCGAAAACGCAUCAAAUAGGCGUUUUUUAAAUUGAUUUGAAAGAGCCCUAUAGGGACCACUCUGGAAUUUCUAAGAUCUGGCUCGUCUGUUCAGAUUUUGAAUGUCAAGUAAAAUUACGUCAUUCCAAAAACGAUCUCUGAUUGGUUUAUAGAAGCAUUAGGGGCGGAGCUUGACUUUCCAAAUCGGAACAGACUGUUGGCUGAAUGAAAAAGUUGUAAUUGAAAAUUUCGCAGAACCUCCCUCAAAAAUUAACUUAGAAACUUCAAAAUGGUCCCUAAAAAGGAACCUUUUGAAGGUCUUUACGGUUACCCCUACAGGGACCGCUUUGGCGUACCUGAGUAUUAUUUGAAAAAAAAGAAGGUUGAAAUAAACAUAAAGUGACUUGGAAUGGUUCAGCCUGUACACGUUCGACAUGCGGUACCUGCAACACCCUUGCAUGGCGCACAAUGGCUGCACAUCGGCGGUUCUGGACGUUGAUUACUCGCCCACCGGUCAGGAAUUCGUUGUCGGAUCCUACGAUCGUUCCGUCCGCAUUUUCAAGGCCCGGGAGCAGAGCAGUCGGUGAGAGUUUGGAAAGGAAUGACGUCAUUUGAAAAUGCUCUGUGCAAGGCUUCUGGAAAAAUUUUUAGUGGUCACUAUAGAGGCUCGCCAAAGACCACUUGGAGGGGACACUAAAGUGGCUACUAAACCCAUCUCUAUAGUGGCCACUAUUUUCCGUUUUAGUGGCCAAUUCAGUAGUUUUUCAUCCAGUAUCCUUUCUAGUAACUCUGAUAAUGUUAAAAGGAACAGAUUGGACCAGUUAUGUUGAUCCAUUGACCCCUAAAGUGGCCACUAAAACUUUUAGUGGUCUUGUAGUAGCACUUAGACCUCUAUAGUGGCCACUAAUUUUGAACCCUUUAGUGGCCAUUAAUUUUACCACUAUAGUGGCUACUAAAACGUCAAAACCCUAUAGUGGCCUCUAAAAAAUGUCCCAGUUGCUCUCUGAUUGGUUUAUCGCGCUAUUAGCUUAAACGAUACGCAAAUUUUAAGCAGACCAAACUUUAGAGAUAAGAAACAAAUUGCGGACGAAAAUAAGGCCAUUUUUCUGGCAUUCUAAAAUAAAAAGCGGUUUUUCAACCCCUUUGGAAUCAGUGUCUCAAAGAGCCUUUCGGCAAAAUUUAAUAAAAUUUCAAAAUUGCUUCUUGAAAAAAAGCCGGUUGACGUACGUUUCACGGUGGAAACAUUAAGGAACUAAAUUUUUAAAAAAACAUUGAUAGAUGUGUGUUAUGUUUUUUCAAAUUCAUAGCUUUUGGACAGCACUGCCAAAGUCGCAAGUGCGCAAAACAGAUGCAAAAGGGCCGCUAGAAGGGUUCCGUUUUGCGGCCUUUUUUGAGCCUUUUCUUCUUGGUGGGCUAAAAAGACUCAAUAAAGGGUGCUGAAAGUCUUGGCCGUCGAUGAAUUCUGACGGAAAAAAAGGCAGUAAUGAGAGAACUGUCACCCCCUCCAUUUAGGAACCAUUAAUGGAAACCUUUUUAAACCAUAAUGGUCACUCAAAGGGCCAGUAAAGGGUCCUCCCGACUUCGCCCAUGUAUUCGAAAUACAUAAGCAAAAUCGAAAAGGCUCCAGAAUGGUUCCUUUUUUGCUGCCUUUUCGCGUCAUUUUCUCGGCUUUUAUGCACCAUUUUUGCUGCCUCUUUCUUUUUCCACGCUUUGUUGAGCCCAGAAAAAUGGAAGGUUCGAUAAAAGGACUCAUUUGCUGCCAUUAUUCAAAAUUCCGACUUUGAGUUCAAAAAAUUUCCUUUUUUGGCUUAGGAUUAUUAUUUUUUCUGAAAUUUGAAGGAAUUUCUAAAACUUUCAGAGAUGUCUACUACACGAAGCGAAUGAACACGGUUUUGUCGGUUCUCUGGUCGGCGGACAAUAAAUUCGUCCUUUCCGGAAGUAAUGAGAUGAAUGUUCGUGUUUGGAAGGCCAAUGCUUCGGAAAAAUUGGGACCGGUAAGGGAUUCUCACUUUUUUUUAUAACAAAUUCAACAAUUAGCGUGGAAUCUACUGCUUCUUGUUGGAUAAGUACUUUCAAAAAUGAUUUUUCAGUUGGCGAAACGAGAAAAGGACGCGUUUGCCUACAACGAAAAGCUCAGGGAAACUUAUAAGGAACAUCCGGAAAUUAGGCGAAUCGCGCGACAUCGCAACGUCCCGAAACACAUUUUCAAGUUGGUUUUUUGGGACUUUUUGAUCAAUUUUGGGCUUCUUCACUAAUCGAAAUCUUUGCUUGUACUUUUUACCAAAAAAUAUUGGCUCAAAAAGUUACAAAAGCGACCACUUUAGUGAAUUUUCUGAGCAUUUUUUUAAUAUAUAACUUGAUUUGUGAAAGAUUUUGAGCUUAUACUGUGUUCAAUUUGAUUCCGCGAAAUGCGAAAUGAUCUCUGACUCUCCAAAAUUCAGUUAUAUUUUUCUUUGUCUGACGAAUCACUUUCAACACGACAUCAUGUCUUUAGGAAAAAUUCUAACUUUUUCGCAAUUUUUUUUUAAAUCAAAUUUUCCCUCUUCUAGCGCCGCCAAAGAGCACCAGACGAUCCGAAACUCGAAAUCGCGAAAAGAAUUGAAUCGGGCAAAGGCCGAGGGAAAAUCCGAAGAAGACAUCGAAUUCGUGCCGGCCGUCAAGAAAGCCAUGGUCCAAAAAUGA